UACAAAAUUAUAUCCGUGCACAAAUAAGUUCACUUACACUGACUAAUCUUUCGUUUUUGCUCUAAUCAUGAGUAGCUUCAUUUUAGCAACAACACUCCUUAUGGCUCUGAUAUGCUUCGUCUCUCUCCCGAUUUCAACCGUUGGAUUACAAAAGAAACCGUGGCCUAAGCCGUCAGAAUUAGUGGCAGGCCGCCACCACGGCAAAGGCUAUAGCCGCCUUGGAGACUCCAAGAUUGGUUGGGGUACCUCUUCCCUAUCAGACUCUAAAGCACCUCUAUCGCCCCCCGUAUUGCUACCGGGGUUUCCUAGCAUCCCAUGGCUUCCUAACAUCCCAGGAAUUCCCAUCAUCCCGAGUCUUCCCAAUAUCCCGAGUCUUCCCACCAUCCCUGAAAUACCAAACAUUCCGAGGAUUCCUAACAUCCCGGGGCUUCCUAACAUUCCGGGCCUACCUAACCUCCCGAGCAUUCCUAGAAUCCCGGGACUUCCUCCUCUACCGUGGGUCAAGUCAGAAGUUGUGUCGAAAUCGGCUAAAGUGGAGAACUGCUUGACGAAAGAUGGAUCAAAGACCUCAAAGAAAUCCUUUUCAAAAAUAUUGUCUAGCUGGGAAAAGAAAGAUUAUUUCACAUUAAUGGACGAGGAAUGCUGCGAGAUCGUUGUGAAUAUGGACAAGAAGUGCAAUAGCCACGUUCAAAUGUUGUUCAAGAGCCCAUUCUUUGUUCCUCUUCUUCGAUACUCGUGUCACAUCAAGCACACCAAAGACUAAGCGAGUCCCUCCAAUGGAUAUUUAGUUAUAUAUGUUCACCGUACACAGUAUGUGUCAUUUCCAUAGUUCUCUGUCGUGAUGAUCUCAUAGACUUAUAUAUUAUUAUUUCUCUUCAUUGAGUGAUAGGAGGCA